AUGCCUUCCGAAGUCACCGAUAUCAAGCAAUUCCUCGAGAUUGCCCGCAGAAAGGAUGCUAAAGGUGCCCGCCUUAAGAAAUCAUCAAAGUCGAAGGACAUCAAGAUGAAGAUCCGAUGCAAGCGGUACCUGUACACCCUGAUCCUCAAAGACUCGGACAAAGCCGACAAGAUCAAGCAGAGUCUGCCGCCCACGAUGCCCUUCGUCGAAAUCGGCAAGAAGAACAAGAAGCCCAAGAAGAACUAA